CACUUCAGGCUUGCCCGCCUGCCUUGCGCCCUGCGGAUCCAGCUUUUCCUCCUCCUGAAAAGAAAAACGUGGGAUUGCUUUUCGCUCUUAGCCAAAGUGAUGAAAAGGAUGCUGGAAUUGGCUGAAAUAUUUGCUACCCCAAGUGAUGAAGAUGAUUUUCUUGGUUUUGAACUUGAACAUCCCAUGAAAACAUUGACAUUGGAAGAUAGGGAUGAGAACUUGCCUGGAACAUCGAGAAUGGCAAUGGAAUUAGACCGAGCCAAUAACCCAUCUUUAAUUAAGGAACAAGCAAAUGAAGAAAGAAUGGAAACUGAAUCAUCUCCUAGGAAAAAAAAAUUCAAAACUCGGGGGGUAGUACAGCUUCCUAACAAAUCCGCUAAAAAGUCUUUUCUUAAACGAAGAAAAGAUACAAAUGGGAGAAAUGCAGAUCCAGAUACUUCUUCCGAAUCUGAGACUGAUGAGACAUCGGAUGAAAACUCAAAUGCACUUUUGAAGAGAAAUCAGAAUAUAAAAGAAAAUAAAGCUGUGCUUACACAGUUACUAGCAGAACUAGAUUCUGCACCUUCUUCAAGCCAAAUGAAUGCUGUUUCCUCAAUUAAACGAAAGAAAGCACCAAGGAAAAGAUCUUCAAUGGGCCCAAUAGAGCGUCGAAUUAAUCCAAUCAGAAAUGCACGUCCCCCAGAAAACUUUGCUGUGGAACGAAACCCACCUAUGCAAUGGGUUGAUAAUGAAACUUAUCACACCUUUAUGAAGACAAAACUAAAUGAGCAUAUGUUAGGAUCGCCGAAAAAAAGAAAAAUCGCUAGAAUCAAAGAACUUCGAUCAGUCGUUGUAACAAAUGAAGACUUAGAACAAAUUGCAUUUACCAAUAAAGAAAAAAUAUACCAUAAGACUUGGGGAACCACAUGCCAUCAAUGCCGCCAAAAGACAAUUGAUACAAAGACCGUUUGUCAUAAUGCAGACUGUGUUGGUGUGCGGGGACAGUUCUGUGGACCAUGUCUCCGUAAUCGCUACGGAGAAGAUGUGAAAGUAGCACUUCUGAAUCCAGAGUGGUUUUGUCCUCCUUGCCGUGGGCAAUGUAACUGCAGCUCUUGUCGCCAACGUGAUGGUUACUGUGCCACAGGAACACUUAUCCACAUGGCAAAGCUUUAUGGUUAUAGUAAUGUGAAAGAGUAUCUCGAAAGCAUGCCAAUGCAGUUUAUUAAUGGAAAUGAAUGA